UCCCACGCGCAAGAACGUGGGAUCGAAUCCGUUCGUUGCCAAUUUUAGUGUCGGUCAGCAGGAUGGAAGGACAAAACGAGGAGAUGCUUGCUGAAGUGCCUGUGUCCAUUGGUGCCCAGGUUGUAUCCGAUGGUAACGAGAUUGUAUCUGAUGGUUCACAGGACGCAUCCACGACCGUUGGCCGCGAAGCUGAAACAAAGAAGAGAAAGAAACAAGGCGUAGCUGAGGGGAUGGUGUCGCCAAAACGUAGUAAGCCCGAUGCCGAUUUGCAAAUUCCUGAUACUAUCAAGGAGAAUUGGAAGAUGCAGAUUAAGUUGCUGAAGGAGGCCCAAUGUCCCAAAUGUCGGUCUGUGAGAAAGACAUACCUACCAUUGGUCAUGCAUUUCAUUGGGACACAUCCAGAACUUCUCCUUCCGAAGACUUCUGCUUCACCUGGUGGGAAUGCUCAAAACCAAAAAACGUCAUCGAAUAAUCAUGCCCAAGAGAGACAAAAGAUCGCUGUGAAGGACAUUCAUCAAAAUGUCUCUGCUGUUCCCAAUGAAAUGACUUGCGCAAUAGCUGUACCUACUGGACUUAAAACUUCCAGCAAAGGUGUCAGGCAAACUCAUGCAAAAGUUUUACCUGUAACAGAAUGUCCUUCUAAAAUCAAUUCCAAUACAGGACCGAAAACUUCCAGUAUAGGCCAUCUCAUUCCGGAUGCUGGGGAGAAUUCAGACAGCAACUUUGUGAUUGUAGGAGGUAGACUGGUCGAGCAGAAUACUUCGGGUACUCCUUCAUUUCCAGUGCAACGAAGUACUGUACAGAUCGUUCCACCUGCAGAUCAAAUAGUUCGGAUUGUGCCUAUGGGGACAGGAAGCAACCAGUCAGCUGAUGACGUUGCUGGAAAUGCUGUACUAGUGCAAAACGUUGAACAGGUUGACACACGUCUUGUGCUUGAAGGUACGGAGUCUGCAAAAAAGCGAGGACAGCGUAUUAGGACUUAUACGGAUAAGAAGACAAACAACACAGACGUUUGGAACAGACUGAAGAGUUCUGAUGGAGAGAUGGAAUUGGAGACUAAGGCAAGAGAUCGCCCUAGGGCGGCUGAGACUGAUGAGAUGCAGGAGUCCACGAUAGAAAGUCCAGUAGAGCCAGUUGGGAAGAUAGUUGCUGUGGAACCGAAAAGGAGAUCUUCUGCAGGGGCUGCUGGUACACCGAAGUUGGAGAGUGAUGAAGAGAAGAGUGCUGACGUGGGCAAAGAAUUGAUUGAGAAAAAGGAGCGGGAUAGGGGGAAAUGUAUAAAGCCAGAUAAGGGGAAAGGGAAGAAAGUGUCAUCCAAGGCAAAGAGUGAUGCUACAGUUGACAAGGAGGUGGCUGCACCUGGUAGGAAGUCUGUGGUGUCUGGGGUUGGUUCAGACAAGGCUUUGGAGCAUGUAGAAGAUGCUAACGAAACUCAACAUAUGGAGAAAAUUGACCAAGACAGCAAUAAAAAGCGCGGCAAACGAAAAAGCAUGAGCAGUUCUUUAGCUAUUGAAGGUGCUGGUCCUGCGUGGAGCGGACUUGUGGACGUGUCUGCUUCAGAGACUGGUAGGCCUAAAAGGAGUGGAGGUGCCCCGAAAAAGCUUCAGGUAGUAGGUACGGUUUCUGAUGAUGUACCACAAGCGAGGUUUAAGACGCCGGAGUCUGGAGGUCGGGGAAAGGCAAGUGGCGGGAGGAAGUGUGAGGAGAGUACCGAUUCUGAUGAUGUACCACUGGUGAGGUUUAAGACGCCAGAGUCUGGAGGUCGGGGAAAGGCAAGUGGGGGGAGGAAGUGUGAGGAGAGUACCGAUUCUGAUGAUGUACCACUAGCGAGGUUUAAGACGCCAGCGUCUGGAGGUCGGGGAAAGGCAAGUGUCGGGAGGAAGUGUGAGGAGAGUACCGAUUCUGAUGAUGUACCGCUGGCAAGGGUUCAAAUGCCUGCAUCACGAAGACACAGUUUGGAAAAGAUGGCAUGUGUUCCUGAAAAGGAGGAUGAAAUCAAUACAGAGUCGAAUUCAGUAGCCCAGGAGAGGUCUGAUGAGAGUGAGAGUGAGGGAAGAGUAGUUGCCCCGCAGAGUGGUGGUAGGGGAAGGGGUAAGGGUAGGAGUGUGAGUAGGGGUAGAGGUGGAGGAAGCGCAAAUAUGGUGCCGCAUUUGAAAGAGGCCAGGGACAAUGAAAAUCUGGUCGUGUCUGAUGAGGAGAACAAGAAUUUUACAACACCUACUUUUCGAGGUCGUGGAAGGGGCAGGGGUAGGGGAAGGGGGAGAGGCAGCUCGAAAAAGGUGGCUCUUUCGGAGGAUGGAGAUGUAAAUCAGACGGUGUCCGAUGCCGAGAGUGAGAAAUUGGUGGACAGCUUUAGAUCUCCUGAAGGGCGGGGUCGGUCAAGAGGCAGGGGUAGAGGAAGAGGUAGUGCAAAGUUGGCGCGUUUGGAGAUGCCUGGUGAGGGGGAACAUCUGGAGGUCUUGGAUGCGGAGAGUGAGAAAUCAGUUGACAACUCUAGAACCGAAACUCCUAGAGGACAAGGGAGGGUCAGGGGACAUGGACUGUCGAAGACCCCGCAACUUAAAUCACUCGCAGAUGGUUGCUCGGACUCGGACUCUGAUGGUCCUUUCGACCCAAAGAUGACGCAGCUGAAGGGAAUAGGAAGAAGGAAAUCGAAGAAAUUCCAGGAGCGAACUGGUUCUGAAGAUUCUGAUGUGUCUCCUGUUGCCAGGGGCAGGGGAAGAAAACGAAAGCAGACGUCACCAUCGCAAGAUUCAGAUGAUGAGAAAGAUUCCGAAUCAGACGAUUCUACCCAAGUAAAAACUCCUCGUGGUCGUGGGAGGGGUAGGGGGCGAGGCAGAGGGCGUGGACGGGGGAGGGGAAGGACUCCUACCGUCAAAACUGGUGACAAUGAUACUGAAUCUGGCAAUGAUGAUUCGGGAUGUGACCACUCUACGGAAGUGAAAAGACCUCGAGGGCGUGGAAGGAGUAGGGCGCGUGGUAGAGGUAGAGGCAGAGGGAGAGGAAGGACUCCAACUGAUGACCCAUCUGAUAGUGCAUCUGAGCCAUUAAAAUAUAUUCCCAAAGUGUUUGGGAGUGGCCAUAAGAUUGAAUCCACACUGACUCUGAAGAAGGAUCUGAUCAUUGAAGGAGUGCCGAAUUGGGUUAUGACUGGUUGGCUGAAAGACAAGAGGCUCCAGAGGGGUUACAAGUGUCCAAAAUGCAAGAACAUGAGACAAGGGUUUGAUGCUGUUGUCAGUCAUUACCUGGAAUGCAAGCCUACGGAGUUAAAGUGCAAGAGAUGCGACCGUGUGUUUACGACGUUUGCUGGUCUGAAGUAUCACUAUAUGUCAGAUCACGCGCUACUGGUAUCGCCAUCAAAUAUAGAUGGUUUUGACGAUGCAGAUGCUCUCCAAAGUAUCCUUCUGAAAUUGAACCGCCUCCGUUGUGAUAAAUGCUUGGAAACUUUCCGAUCUGUCAAGCGAUUCAUGUUCCAUCGCGAAUGGUGUGGACGGAAGGAGGAAAUGGGCGUUUGCGAAAAGUGCAAUAAGGACGUUGCGCUUUACAAAAUGGCGGCUCACAUGAAGGCGCAUGCAAGGUUGGAAAAAAAGAAGAAUGCAGACAGCGGAGAAGUGGAAAUUACGGAUGCGAUGGAAGUUAUAUUCACAUCUGAUGAGGAAAGUAGUGAGGAUGAAACUGGGGACUCCUCCAGUGACGUGAAAACGCAACGCCAUGCUGCGCGAAGGGCCCAGGAAAAUUUGAAUAAUAUCAAGAGAGAUUUAGUACAGCAGGUUGUUGACAUCCGUGAGAAGAAAACAGAUUGGAAAAAAUAUUACAAGAGCCCAAAUCUGCCUCAAAUUCCGGACGAACUCAUUCCUGAUAUCAAAAAGGCUUUUAAACUGGGGCAGGAGGUGAAAUGCCCGAACGAGGCCUGCUCGAAGCAAUUGAAGAGCUUAAUCUCGCUGCAUUACCAUUUCCCACGAUGCCUAGCAGUGGCAAGCCCACCGACAAUCAUGUACACAUGCUUGAAAUGCAACCAUCACCUGACCGUCGAGAUGAGCAUGAGAACGCAUGUGACUGGCUGUUUCUCUUUGAAUAAUACGUCUCUUGAGUUGAAGCAAAAUAACGACAGCGACCCGGAGGUGAAAAUAUCCGGUGAGGAAUCUAGCGAGGAUGAAGGUUCAAGUGGGGUGCCGGAGUAUGACAGCUCAAGUCCAGGAGAAGACGACGUUUAUAAUGUUCAAAAUAGUGUUGUUGGAAACCGUGCUGCCCAAAACCGUGCUGGUGUUCAUAGACGUCGGUCAUUGCUAAAAAAAGAGAGUCGCCCCCUGAUGGCCGACGAGGAGACUAUCAUCAAGAUGCUUCAAUACCUGUCGCGGUAUUAUAGGAAGAUCGUGUUUGAGGAGUGGAUGCCCAGGAAGGAGUUGUGGCAGUCAAUACCUCUCAGUGCUCUUCCAAUGAUGUCCCGCUGUCCUCAUUUCAAGAUUAUCGAUGGCAAAGGGAAGAAGAAGUCGCCGUUGAGGGAACUUGGGACGAUACCAUUGUACGAGUCCGUAAUGACAGGUUCUAAUGCCACCCUCAACGUAGGUGGCCAAGCUUGGGCGGCCGACUGGUGCCCUAUCCCGAACACGAAGAAGACUUCUGGCGUCAGUCAGUACCUUGCCAUCGCACCGUCACCCGGCAACAUGUCAAUGAAAAAAAUCUUGGUCAAACCAGGAACUAUACAGCUAUGGAAUUGCGGGAAACUGGCUCACGAAUUGCGGGAGUCGGACGUGACUUUGAGCGUGAUUAUGUUGCACGAAUUUGGCAAUGUUAACAAGAUGCUAUGGUGCCCAAGCGGCGCUUGGUCUCCCCCGGAAGACGGCCAGAGACUGGGCCUACUGGCGAUGGCCUGCUCUGACGGCACUGUCAGAAUAAUCAGCGUGCCGCACCCGGAAAAUAUCAAAGAUGAUUUGACAAAGAUGGCGGCAUUUAAGGUGAAGGCGUCUGUCACGCUCGAUCGAGGGACGGAGGGAAUUCGGAGCCAUAACUGUCUGUGUAUGGAUUGGUCCAAGACGGAUGGUCAUACAAGUCUGGUAGCUGGGUUUUCAGACGGUGCUGUUGCAUUGUGGGAUCUCUCGACGACGUCACCGCUAUUAAAAACGGAAGAUUCCGGUACCAUCGUCAUAAAACCGUUCCGCACAUUUUAUGCCCACACGGACAUGACCACGGACGUAACCUUCUGCUCUUACCGAUCUGAUGUCAUCGUCACGGCAACGUCACAGCAUUUUCUUUCAGUGUGGAAUCUCUCGGAUACCAGGAACCCAGUUGGAGGUAUUCGUCGCGGGUACCAGACACAGAUCAUGUGGGCGCCAUUCUGGAAGUUCGCCUGCUUCAGCCAGGAUGAAGCGUACAGCGGAACUCUCCAGAAUGGUACUUUCAUGUUUCAACUCAGCAACUAUGAGGAUCAGUAUAGGAUUCUGCAGUCAAAGACAACAAUAUCGAGUGUUGACGUGUCGCCGUGGUUGAACUGCAUCGUUCAUGGCAACCAGGUUGGAGAGGUGGUCGCACACAUUGGGAAAGUAAACCACAAGUUGUCAAAAUUUUGUCGAUUUUGGAUUACUAAAUUAGAGCAAGAACUACGGUUCGGUGAUGAUACAAAAGCAACAGAUGGUGAUCUAGCGUCAGAAGUUGUAACGGGGGACAAGGUUGAAAAUAACGGUAACAAGGCUGUUUCUGGUGAAUCGGCAAAGGAAGGGAUGAAUACUGUAAAUACUGAUGUGUUGGGGCAUUCAGGAGGCAAUAACGUUACCAAUGUAACGUCUGUCGACAAUGUCGAAAUAAGGAGUGAAAAUAUAUCCAUGGAAACAACGUCCCAAGAGGGUGGUAAUUUGUCUCAGGGAAGAACAAAUCUUGUGUCACAUGCAGCAAAUUCAGACAAUCAGGAAAUCUUGCCUGAUUGUUCAAAGAAUGUAGAGACUAUGGGGCCCUCUCCAGCAAAGCGGGUAAAAAUAUCCGACUCACAAAUAAACGAGUCUACGGAACGUUUUUGUUCAAAAUCUGAAAAAGUUGUAAAAUCUGUGACAUUUUCUGAUGAAGUUUUGGAGAAUUUUGAGGAACAAAAAUCUGAAGAUGUAACAAGACAGUGCAAUGGAAGCGGAGAUCAUAGCGGUGUGCAGGGUGUAGCAGACGUUAGAAAAGAUGCUAAGAGCUGUACUGGGAAAAGUGGAGGUGAUGCUGAGACGUCCGCCAAUAAAGAUGUCGCUACUGGUCCUGUCGCCGGUGGGAGUGAUGCAAAGGAUGCUGGGCUGAGUGCAAAGAAUCUGGCUGCGGCAUCAAAAAAAUACAAUCUUGUGAUACGGGACUAUAACCUGGCGCCUAGGGUUAUGUCAGACCUUGAUGCCAGACAGUUGGAGGACCUGGCCGUGGAUCGAGUGGACGAGUUCGGUCUCAACGCAGUUUGUAAGGUCAAAUGGAACCCAAAUCGUCACUCCUGCCAUUGGAUAAUGGUCGCCGGGAAAUCGGGUCUCGUCCAACUCGUCAACGUCAAUGGUGUUUUCGGGAAGAAGGUGGCUGUGAAAAGAUAUUCUACUAAAAACGCUGCAGGAAACAUUGAUACUGCUCAGUAAACUGUGGAAAAAGUUGAUGCCAAGUGCAGUGCAUGAUAAGGUGACGCUGCUUGCACCGGUGUGGAAAAUACUGAUUCCAAGUGUGGUAUUUGAUUCCUGAUAUUAUACAUAAGUGGUUCGUGCACUUGUUUAUUUCUUGAUUGACCUUGAACUUUUGCAGUAAAUCUUGCUUUAAUACUUUUGACCAAGUUAAAAUCGAUUUCACCAUAUUCUGUUCUGAUUUCUUUUAAACAUUAUGCAUGUAAUCCCACUCCUGCGAGAAGAAUUUCUGUGAUAAAUCAAAUCAUUCUAAAUCUUGUUUUGUUCACAAAAUAAUUUUGAUUGUAAAUAUCUAUCGAAGCAAGUUACUGCCAUAAUUGUGUU